AUGGACUUGUUGUCCGGGACGUAUAUAUUUGCGGUUCUGUUAGCAUGUGUCGUGUUUCAGUCUGGCGCCCAGGAGAAGAACUACACCAUUCGGGAAGAAAUGCCAGAAAACGUCCUCAUAGGCGACUUGCUGAAAGACCUCAACUUGUCGCUAAUUCCAGACAAGUCUUUAACAACUCCUAUGCAGUUCAAGUUGGUAUACAAGACUGGAGAUGUGCCACUGAUUCGAAUUGAAGAGGGCACAGGUGAGAUCUUCACUACUGGAGCUCGCAUUGAUCGUGAGAAAUUGUGUGCUGGCAUCAUAGUGGACACCCGUUGCUUUUAUGAAGUGGAGGUUGCUGUUCUGCCGGAUGAAAUAUUUAGAUUGGUGAAAAUACGUUUUCUGAUAGAAGACAUAAAUGAUAAUGCACCAUUAUUCCCUGCAACGGUUAUCAACAUAUCAAUUCCAGAGAACUCGGCUAUAAACUCUCGAUAUGCUCUCCCAGCGGCCAUUGAUCCAGACACAGGAAUAAACGGAGUUCAAAACUACCAACUAAUUAAGGGUCAAAAUAUUUUUGGGCUUGAUAUCAUUGAAACGCCAGAAGGAGAAAAGAUGCCACAACUAAUAGUUCAAAAGGAGUUAGAUAGGGAAGAGAAAGAUACAUAUGUAAUGAAAGUAAAGGUUGAAGAUGGUGGCUUCCCUCAAAGAUCCAGUACUGCUAUUUUGCAAGUCAGUGUUGCUGAUACAAAUGACAACCAUCCAGUUUUUAAGGAGGAUGAGAUUGAAGUCAGUAUACCAGAAAAUGCUCCUGUAGGUUCUUCAGUAACACAGCUCCAUGCCACAGAUGCUGAUAUAGGUGAAAAUGCCAGGAUUCAUUUCUAUUUCAGCAAUCUUGUCUCCAGCAUGGCCAAGAGGCUAUUUCACCUCAACUCUACCACUGGACUUAUCACAGUAAAAGAACCACUGGAUAGGGAGGAAUCUCCAAACCACAAGUUACUGGUUUUGGCAAGUGAUGGUGGACUGAUGCCAGCAAGAGCAAUGGUGCUAGUAAAUGUUACUGAUGUCAAUGAUAAUGUUCCAUUGAUUGACAUAAGAUACAUCAUCAAUCCAAUCAAUGGCACUGUGGUUCUUUCAGAAAAUGCUCCUCUCAACACCAAAAUUGCUCUCAUAACUGUGACAGAUAAGGAUGCUGACCAUAAUGGUAGGGUGACAUGCUUUACAGAUCAUGAAGUCCCUUUCAGAUUAAGGCCAGUGUUCAGUAAUCAGUUCCUCCUAGAGACUGCUGCAUAUCUUGACUAUGAGUCCACAAGAGAAUAUGCCAUUAAAUUACUGGCCGCAGAUGCUGGCAAACCUCCUUUGAAUCAAUCAUCCAUGCUCCUCAUCAAAUUAAAAGAUGAAAAUGACAAUGCUCCAGUUUUCACUCAGCCUUUCAUAAGUCUUUCUGUUCCUGAGAAUAACUCUCCUGGUACCCAGUUGACAAAAAUAAGUGCAACAGAUGCAGACACUGGGCGUAAUGCUGAGAUACAUUACCUGCUAGGCAUUGAUGCUCCAUCUGAAUUCAACCUGGAUCAUCGUACAGGCAUUCUGACUGCAGUGAAGAAAUUGGAUAGAGAAAAACAGGAAAAAUAUUCAUUCACAGUUCUGGCAAAAGAUAAUGGGAUGCCAUCUUUAAUAACCAAUGCCACAGUCUUAGUGACCAUUCUUGAUCAGAAUGACAACAGUCCAAUUUUCACUCACAAUGAGUACAACUUCUAUGUCCCAGAAAACCUUCCAAGACAUGGCACAGUAGGACUAAUCACUGUAACUGAUCCUGAUUAUGGAGAAAAUUCUGCAGUAACUCUCUCCAUUUUAGAUGCAAAUGAUGACUUCACAAUUGAUCCACAGACUGGUGUCAUCCAACCGAAUAUUUCAUUUGAUAGAGAAAAACAAGAAUCUUAUACUUUCAAUGUAAAGGCUCAGGAUGGUGGUAGGGUAUCACAUUCUUCAACUGCCAAAGUCACUAUAAACGUGGUUGAUGUCAAUGACAAUAAACCAGUUUUUGUUGUCCCUCCUUCCAACUACUCCUUUGAAUUGGUUCCACCAUCUGCUAAUCCAGGCACAGUGGUCUUCACAGUAGUUGCUAUUGACAAUGACACUGGAAUGAAUGCAGAGCUUCGUUACAACAUUGUAGGAGGAAACACAAAAGGUCUGUUUAUGAUUGACCAAACAACAGGCAACAUUACACUGAAGGAGAAAUGUGUCCUUGCAGAUCUUGGUUUACACAAACUGAUAGUCAAAGCCAAGGAUUUAGGGCAACCUGAUUCUCUCUUCAGUGUCAUAAAUGUUAAUCUAUUUGUGAAUGAGUCGAUGACCAAUGCUACAUUAAUUUAUGAAUUGGUGCGCAGAAACAUUGAAACACCAGUGACCCAAAAUGUUGAGACAACUGAUACAUCCUCACCAUCAAGUGACUAUGUCAAGAUCGUGGUUGCCAUUGUUGCUGGCACCAUAACUGUCAUUCUUGUUAUUUUCAUCACUGCUGUAGUAAGAUGCCGCCAAUCACCACACUUUAAGGCUGCUCAGAAAAACAAGCAGAAUUCUGAAUGGGUUACUCCAAACCCUGAAAACAGGCAGAUGAUAAUAAUGAAGAAAAAGAAGAAGAAGCAUACCCCUAAGAACUUACUGCUUAACUUUGUCACUAUUGAAGAAGCUAAGGCAGACAAUGCUGACAAUGAUACAAACACCGUCACACUAGACCUUCCCAUUGAACUGGAAGAGCAAGCCAUGGGCAAGUGCAACUGGGGUGCUACACCUACUACUUUCAAGCCUGACAGCCCUGAUUUGGCCCAGCACUACAAAUCUGCCUCUCCACAGCCUGCUUUCCAGAUCCAGCCAGAAACUCCCCUAAAUUCAAAGCACCACAUCAUCCAGGAACUGCCUCUCGAUAACACCUUUGUGGGUUGUGAUUCCAUCUCCAAGUGUUCUUCCAGUAGUUCUGAUCCCUACAGUGUUUCUGAGUGCAGCUUUCCAGUGACAACUUUCAAGACCCCUGUGUCUGUACACACCAGACUGCCAAUGAAGGAAGUUGUACGACCUCAAACACCCAUGAAAGAAACAACUACUGUGGAGAUCUGGACUCAUCCCCAACCACAGCGGAAAUCCGAGGGGAAAAGGACAAUAAAGUCCCAGCGGCGUGUCACAUUUCACCUACCAGAAGGCUCUCAAGAAAGCAGCAGUGAUGGUGGACUGGGAGACCAUGAUGCAGGCAGCCUUCCCAGCGCAUCCCAUGCCCUGCCCCUGGGCUAUCCUCAGGAGGAGUACUUUGACCAUGCUGCAAACAACAACCGCACUGAAGGGGAUGGCAACUCUGAUCCUGAAUCCACUUUCAUUCCUGGACUAAAGAAAGCUGCAGAAAUAACUAUUCAACCUACUGUGGAAGAGGCCUCUGACAACUGCACUCAAGAAUGUCUCAUCUUGGGCCACUCUGAUGCCUGCUGGAUGCCAGCUUCUCUGAUGCAUUCCAACCCUUCACAGGCACAGGCCUCUGCUAUAUGCCACAGCCCUCCCCCAACACAGACAACGCUUCGCCGACGCAACCCUCUGGUGACACAGACAGUUGCUCUCUGCCACAGCCCUCCAAUGGCUCAGGCUGUAGCACUAUGCCACAGCCCUCCACCAGCACAGACCUCUGCUCUCCACCACAGCCCACCUCUAGCACAGGCUCUUUGCCACAGCCCUCUACCAGCACAGGCCUCAGCCCUUUACUACAGCCCUCCCCUGGCACAGGCUGCUGCAAUCCACUGCAGUCCUCCUCUGCCACAGCCUGCUGCCCUUCAUCGCAGCCUUGCGCAACCACCAAUGGGUCUGCAGCAGGGUUGGGGGCAAGGUGCUGGCCCUGAAGGACUACUUUCUCUUGACCAAGGAGCACAAGGUAGUACAAGAUCUAAUUUUUAUGCCAUGUCUAAAAGACUUCAUCCUAGUGAUGAUUCGAUUAAAAUCAUUCCCUUGACAACCUUCACUCCAGGCCAACAGGCUAGACCCUCUAGGUGUGAUUCUCCCAUUAUGGAAGAACAUCCCUUAUAA